AUGGCCGACGAGAGUGAACCUGCCCGUCGGGAUGUUCGCAACCACAUGCUCUUCGAGAUUGCCACCGAAGUCGCCAACCGCGUCGGUGGCAUCUACUCCGUACUCAAGUCAAAGGCCCCCGUAACCACCGCCGAGUAUGGCGAGCGAUAUACUCUGAUCGGCCCGCUGAACCGAGCCUCCGCUAUGGUCGAGGUCGAGGAGCUCACGCCUGCUAGUCCGGCGAUGCGUGAGACCAUCCAGUCCAUGAAGGAGCGCGGCAUCGACCUCGUCUACGGGCGCUGGCUGAUCGAGGGUGCUCCCCGGGUGCUCCUGAUCGAUACCGGUACCGGCUAUCGUUGGCUGGACGAGUGGAAGGGCGAUCUGUGGAAUGCAUCCGGGAUCCCCUCCCCCUCUGCCGAUCAUGAGACCAAUGAGGCCAUCGUCUUUGGAUAUUUGGUGGCGUGGUUCCUGGGAGAGUACCUGGCCCAUGAGCGCCACCGUGCUGUCGUCGCUCACUUCCACGAAUGGCUGGCUGGCGUGGCGUUGCCACUGACCAAGAGGCGCCAUAUGGAUGUGACGACGAUCUUUACGACCCACGCAACUCUCCUCGGCCGGUACCUGUGUGCUGGGUCGGUCGACUUUUAUAACAACCUCCAAUAUUUCGAUGUCGAUGCUGAGGCGGGCAAGCGGGGGAUCUACCACCGCUACUGUAUUGAGCGCGCGGCGGCCCACAGCGCGGACGUCUUCACGACGGUCUCGCACAUCACCGCGUUCGAGAGUGAACAUCUGCUGAAGCGCAAGCCCGAUGGAGUAUUGCCAAAUGGGCUGAAUGUCAAGAAGUUCUCAGCGAUGCACGAGUUCCAAAACUUGCACUCGCAAGCCAAGGAGAAAAUCAAUGACUUCGUCCGCGGCCAUUUCUACGGCCACAAUAAUUUCGACCUUGAUAACACGCUCUAUCUCUUUACCGCUGGUCGGUACGAGUUCCGCAACAAGGGUGUUGAUAUGUUCAUCGAGGGCCUGGCCCGCCUCAACCACCGCCUCAAAUCGAGUGGGUCGACCACGACCGUGGUGGCCUUUAUCAUCAUGCCGGCGCAGACGUCUUCGUUGACAGUCGAGUCGCUCAAGGGACAGGCGGUGGUCAAAUCCCUGCGUGAUACAAUUGAGAACAUCGAACAGGGUAUCGGAAAGCGGAUGUACGAGCGGUGCCUGGCCUGGAAAGAAGGUGACAACAUGCCCGACGAGAAGGAUCUCAUCACCAGCCAGGACCGUGUGCUGCUGCGCCGUCGCCUUUUCGCCAUGAAGCGGCACGGCCUGCCCCCGAUCGUCACACAUAACAUGCUCAACGACUCGGAGGACCCGAUUCUGAACCAACUCCGCCGGGUCGAGCUGUUCAACUCUUCCUCUGACCGGGUGAAGAUUGUUUUUCAUCCUGAAUUCCUGAACUCUUCUAACCCGGUUUUGCCUCUGGAUUAUGAUGACUUUGUCCGUGGAACGCACUUGGGAGUUUUCCCCUCGUACUACGAGCCCUGGGGUUACACUCCCGCCGAAUGCACAGUCAUGGGUGUUCCGAGCAUCACCACCAACCUGUCCGGAUUUGGAUGCUAUAUGGAGGAGUUGAUCGAGAAUUCGUCCGACUAUGGGAUCUAUAUUGUGGAUCGUCGUGCCAAGGGCGUCGACGAUUCGGUCAACCAACUCACCGAUUUCAUGUAUAACUUCACGCUGAAGAGCCGCCGCCAGCGGAUUAACCAGCGUAACCGCACGGAGCGGCUCAGCGAUCUGCUUGACUGGAAGCGGAUGGGCUUGGAAUAUGUCAAGGCCCGCCAGUUGGCUUUGCGAAGAGCGUACCCGUCCUCCUUCGAUGGCACCGAGGAUUAUGUCGACUACUUUGGAGGAACCGAACAGAAGCUCUCGCGUCCUCUCUCAGUCCCGGGAUCUCCUCGCGAUCGCUCGGGCAUGAUGACCCCCGGAGACUUUGCUUCCCUUCAAGAGGGCCGGGAGGGACUAACCACCGAAGACUACGUUGCGUGGAAGCUCCCUGAGGAGGAGGAACCGGAUGACCACUUCUACCCUCUCACCCUGCGGACUCGCAAGUCCAUUGAGCGUACGCAGUCCCCGCUGGAUAGCAUCUCGAUCAACGGCGGGCGUCACGCGGAGGGAAGCCCCACCGAGCAGGCUUGA